UAGGAUCUGUACCCCCGUAGGAAGGCCUGGUGGAGGCUAGGAUCCGUACCCCUGUAGGAAGGCCUGGUGAAGGCUAGUAGUCCAAACGGUUAGCAACAAGAGGGCCGGGAAAACUGUUGAGUUCAGACGGGAUGGCCUCGAGAGCGGAUGAGCGGGACCUGCUAGCCGGCCCGGCGGGGAUGGACGGCAGUUCUUCCCGCAGAGACGCAAGGGUCGCCUCGGUGGUUAACCGGUACGCCCCGAAGUCGUACAAUUGCAACAAGCUGCAUCCGCACAGAGAGUCGCCGAGCCCGUACCGAGGCCUGCUCGCCGUGCCCUCGCCCCUCCCCUCUCCCCUGUCCGAAGAGGACCCGGAGGAAGCCCCCGGUAGGAAACGGAGUGAGGCGCGACGCCGGCAGACCCUCAUCCGGCUCCUGCUGAAUUCUGUGAACGGAUCGGCGGAAGAAGAGAGCGACAUGCUAAAGAAGAGCCUGACGUGGGCCGCCGGGCUGAAGCUGGAGUCCGGCGGCCAGGAGGCGAGGCUGCUGCGGAAAAACUCCGGAGUCACUCCUGAGGAAACGAUGUUGAAACUACGGAGACUGUCGUUGAGAAGGAGGCGGCAGUCUCUGAUGUCCAGCCGAGCGUCCAGUGUCCGACUCAACGUCACCUCGGGGAUACGCAACCCUGAGGAGAUUCGGAGGCGGUGGCGGAAGGCCGUUCGUGCGGUGCAACUCGUGCUGGUGGCGACCAGAGCGUAA